AAAUCUGGAGCCUUAAAAGAUGAAGACUGCAGUGCUGCUGUAUCACCACGACCUACAAUAGUGUCAGUUGAUAAUCCAUUUACUUGUUUUUCUCCAGCAUUGUUCAGCAGCCUGAGAAAAGAACAUUCAAGAUAAAUAGAUGGCUGGUUGUACUGAGAAUUGGGCUUUGGCAACAUCACUGUAGAAGAAAGCCAACAGGUCAGUGGAACCUGAGAUGCUGGUCAGUGCAUCAUUAACCUGGGUAAUCACAAGCUGCUUCCUCCAUGUCUUCACCUCCAGCCUGCCUGCCUGCCUGCCUUCUCAGCUGGAAAUGACUGAAGACCUCCUGAAAAGGGCCCAUCUCUGUGGUUUGGCAACACAACCAACACAACAUCUCUUGAAAGAGAAAAAAAAGAGAGAGAGAGAAAUACCUUGAGAAUAAAGUCCGAGAAUCUCAGCAGACAUCUCCGCAAGGAACCGUCUGUUGGAAGUUCCAUUUCACGUGCCAGUGAGAGUGGGGACCAGACAAAGCUGAUAGCAAGAGUGGUCCUUGGAGAGGCCCCAGGAUGCGGUCCGAGAACGGACAGAAAACGAAGAGCUUCAAACAGAGACUGGUCUUGAAGAACAGCUUGGCUAAAGAAGCGCUCUCCGAGUUCUUGGGCACAUUUAUAAUGAUCGUUCUUGGAUGUGGCUCUGUUGCCCAGGCUGUCCUGAGUCGAGGACAUUUUGGAGGAAUUGUCACUCUCAAUGUUGGAUUUGCUAUGUCAGUUGCAAUGGCCAUUUAUGUGACUGGAGGUGUCUCUGGUGGUCACAUCAACCCAGCUGUGUCUUUCGCAAUGUGUCUCUUUGGACGAAUGAAAUGGUUCAAAUUUCCAUUUUAUGUGGGAGCCCAGUUCUUAGGAGCUUUUGUAGGGGCUGCAACCCUCUUUGGCAUUUACUAUGAUGGAUUCAUGUCUUUUGCUGGUGGAAAAUUGCUCAUCGUGGGAGAAAAUGCAACAGCACAUAUUUUUGCAACAUACCCGGCUCCAUAUCUGUCUCUGAUGAAUGCAUUUGCAGACCAAGUAAUGUCCACCAUGUUUCUCCUCAUACUUGUGUUUGCCAUUUUUGACUCCAAAAAUUUGGGGGUGCCCAGAGGCCUAGAGCCUAUUGUCAUUGGCCUCUUGAUUAUUGUCCUCUCUGGCUCUUUGGGGCUGAACAGUGGCUGUGCCAUGAACCCAGCUCGAGACCUGAGUCCCAGACUUUUCACAGCAUUGGCAGGAUGGGGAUUUGAAGUCUUCACAGUCGGAAAUAAUUUCUGGUGGAUUCCUGUUGUGGGCCCUUUGGUUGGUGCUGUCAUUGGAGGCCUCGUCUAUGUUCUUCUCAUUGAAAUUCACCACCCAAACCCUAACCCAGACUUCGAGGUAGAACAGUCUGAGGACAAGCCAGAGAAAUAUGAAUUUAGUGUUAUAAUGUAGUGGUAUGCUCUGAAAGAUGACAUCCAAGUGUUUGUGUUUCUAAGACUUGAGUGGAAUUUAUCUGCUAGCCAUGUAGCACAGCUGGUGACAAAAGCAACCAAGUGAAGGAUUGGGAACACUGACCUCUUCUGCACAAGCUUCAGCCCAGAAUAACAUGGACUGUCCCUUGAAACAGCCGUCCUUCCUGCCCUGUUGGUCUCCUCCUUGAUGGGAAUCAUUGCCUUAUUCCUAAGUGAAAACUAAUACUUGGAACUUUGACUACAGACUUAUUUUCAUGGUCUCAGCCACUAUGCCUGCAUGGAAUAGUGUCACCAAAAGCCUCAUCUUCAAUAACUACAAUUAAUGCAUCCCAACUAUCAACCAAAAUCUAAAGUGAAAAAGCAAAGUCAUUGUUUCAGUUAACAUUAACAUAUCCAUAAGCUAGAGAGCUAGCAGGCUAACUCAUUAAUUAAAUUCUGCAACUGUAUUUGUCUAAAUAAUUAUAUUCUGUAUCUGUAUAAAUACUGGCAUUCUUGAAACCUAGGGAUGUAGGAAACUGUAGCGUGAAGCUGUAAAGGACAUAAUGGCAUUCAGAACCCCAGGAGACAGGAUAAAUUUGGGAAACCAAAUGGAAUUUUUCUAAUGGAAACCAUUUAUCAAAUUAAUCUCCUGCUUUUCUGCAUUUUAAAGGACAACAAUUAAUUUCCUGAUCUUUAGUAUAUGAUAACCUAAAAUACAAUUGUAACCUCAGUCAUGAAAAAUACAUCAUGCUAGCUUUAUAGCUCAGAUGUAUUUUCCUAAUUGCUUACUUGAGGACAGACAUUUGACAGGUUGAAUCAGCGGCUGCACUCAUCCAUUACUCUACACAUAACCCAGAAGUCGAAGCUGGAAGCCAUCAGAUCCUGGAGUAGUAUGACCUGCAGAGAAGAAGGUCCCUGGAAGGAUAAUAUUAACUUAGCAGACUUUACAUUUUACGAAGCAUUUUCACACAUCAUCUAAUUUAAUCCUCAUAAGGAUUGAGGCAAAUACCAUGCUGUCCAUUUUGCAGAUAAAGAAACAAAAUCUCAGGAAGUUAGGUGAGUGCCCAGGAUCACCUGCAAGUUGAACUUUGCCUGAUGCACCUCUGACUCUUCAGAUGAUCAAUGACUGCCCGAGAAUCCUUGCCAGCUCUUGCUGGCUUUCCAGAAGAAGCGGACUUGGCAGCUUCCAGAAGAAACACACAUACAUCUGGACAUGCUUCCACAUUUUGUCUGGUUUUGUUCCCACAAUCCCUGGAGCACUACUGAGGAAACAGGUAGCCAUUUGAUCAUAGCUUUCCUGGGCUAAAAGACAUUACCAACCAAGGCUCCCUUCCUAAACCACUUUCGGCCUUGCUGAGUCUUGAUCUUGCUUCCCUGCCAACCCGAAACAUGACACUCAGAGAACUGCUUCUUCCCUAGCCGCUUCUCUGUGAGUUUUCUAAUUGAUGUAACUUUCAAACAAAGAUCCUCUGUGAGUUAUAAGCACGGGGUGAAAUGUUCUAAAUCAAGGGAUACACCUUCAGUCAGGCUGCUAAAAAGCCCAGCAUUCCCGAGGGUAUCUAGUCACCAAUGGCUGUGUGAUGAUGAAAGAACAGUAAAUAGCAAAUGCAAAGUGUCUCUGAUGACCUAAGUCCUACAGUUUAUGGACAUACAGAAUGUUCUCACUCUGCAGCUACCUGCCUGGAUAUUUCCUAUUUGCAAUAAAAUUGUUGGGUUGUU